AUGCGUGUUGGUUUUCUGGGUUUGGGGUUCAUGGGCACCCCGAUGGCCCUGAACCUCGCUCACAAAUUUCCACUGACCGUGUGGAACCGGACUGCUUCCAAAUACCCAGCGCUCACAAAAGUUGGUGCUAAGAUCGGCGAUACACCGGCGGCGGUGGCCCAUCAAUCUGAUGUGAUCUUCACUAUGCUCUUCGACGGCCCAGCGUUAAUCUCGAUUUUCAACAACGACUUUAAAACGGCACUCCGCGGCAAAACUUUGAUAAACACGAGCUCGAUUCCGUUGGAAGUCAGCAGACAGGUAGCGGAUCAUGUUCAAAAAGCGGGAGGCAACUUCCUCGAAAUGCCGGUCAGCGGCAGCAAAAUCCCGGCGGAGCAGGGUAAAUUAGUGGGUCUCAUGGCCGGCGAUCCGGCCGUAGCGGAGAGCAUGCGGGCGGUGGUGGAGCCGCUUACCACCGCUGCCGUAUAUUGCGGGCCCAUCGGCUCAGGCCUAAAGACCAAGUACGCGGUCAAUCUCUACCUCAACACCAUGACGGUCGCUCUUGCAGAGUCGUUCAGUCUCGCUCGGGCGCAGGGCCUCGAUCUCGAUGCUUUCGGACAGGUACUCGACGCCGGUCCCAUGGCUUCCGCAUAUUCGAAGAUCAAGGUCGCCAAAGUUGUCAGUGGGGAUUGGACCACGAAGCGGGCGAACGUACAGUCGCCUCUGGCAGAGUUGUGUCGUUCGAUCUACGGCCAGGCGAGCGAUGCCGGCCUGGGCGAGGAGGAUAUGAUUGCGGUGUACAAAGUCUUUCAGCCAACCCCACUCUAG